GCCUGAUUAGUUAUCCACUAGAAAUCUGAAUCCCAAUCCAAGGUUCGUCGGAGGAGCUGAGCCGCACUACCUCUGCGGCAGGAGACAGACUAGGCAUUGACUCUGCCGCCGCCGCCGGUUCCUCCUCCACUAGCUUAGCUAGGGAGGCCCGGGGGUUGAGAUCCCAUCCCCUGUACGGGCACUGAAGGAGAUGUGGAUGGGGAUGGGGGAGGAGGAGGAUCGUGCUGACUUCCUGCAGUGGCUGGGUCCGGACACCUCCGCCAUCGUCUUCACGCUGCUCCAUCACCCCGCCGACCUCGCCCGCGCCUCCGCCGUCUCCCGCUCAUGGCGCACCUUCGUCAUCGCAAACCAGUUCAGCAAGAUUCUGUGCCUGCGAGGCUAUCCUGAGGUUUCCAACUUCACCAGCAUUGAAACAAGCAGUUCUGGCAGUGAUGUAAAGGAAGAUGUUGGAUCAAGCGCUGCUGCUGAGUGGGAGAACCAGAAGAGAGAUCACAAGGUUUAUAUGCAUCUUAGCCAUUCUCUUCUCUCACCUUACAAUAGCAGGAAUUGCAUCAUCCGGUGCAUUGGUGCAUCGAGCACCGACAAUUUUCCAGAAGAGACCAUAGAAAAUACCCUUGAACCAAUUGAUCAUGUGGAGAUGAGCCUGUCUUAUUGGUCCAGCGCGGGCCAAAGGGAUCCUAGCUUCCCCGAAUGCCUCAUAUACAUGCUUCACUCAGAUCUUUGCCUCAUUGAUGAAAUCAAGAUACAGCCAUUCCAAGCAUUUUUCCAGUACGGUGACCCAAUAUACUCAGUGCAGUACGUUCGGUUCCGGAUGGGUUAUCCAAAGUUGCCUCUAUGUCCUGAACAACUUGUAUCCGAUGGGAACGAAGGUCAGCUGACUGCUGAUGACAACUAUACCUGGACUUAUGCAUCUCCAGAAUUUCCCAUGUUGCAGGAGAAUGUCGCACAAUCAUUUAAGCUUCCACACGCUGUUCUAUGCAUCGGUGGGGUGGUGAAGAUUGAUCUUCUCGGGAGGAUUCAGAAACAGGCAAUAGAUGGUCUUCACUACAUAUGUGUGUCCCAUGUCCAAAUAUUGGGGAAUCCGCUGUCGCAAGAGCUAUCGGUGGCUCCUUGCGAGAAUGGUGUAGUCCUCAAGUACCACCCAGAACCUCGAAGAAGCAAUGUGCGCCGCUCUGACGAUGGGCGCAGCCCCUCGAACUGGCAUAACUUUGCAACGAGAAUCUGGCAGUCGGGCACUGGCCGAGGAAUGGGCUGGAACCAAGCGCUGCUGAGCAGGCUGCUGUUAGGACCUCCAUUGCAGUUGUUGGAGGAAGAUGACGACGACGAUAUAUCAUAGGUGGAGGUGGUUUGACAAGCACUGGUCGCAAACAACCGCUCCGUUUGAUUUAGCGUUGUUCUGUUUCUUUUCUUCUUGUCUUGUGCGCAAUUGGAAUAAGAGAGCCUGUAACACAGAAUUCUUGAAUUCUUUCAUACGUAUACUGUCUGCUGUGCUGCUGCUCUAUGUUGCCCGGAUACGCGGAUACGGAUACCGGUACGCGAUACGGGGAUACUCCGAUACACUAUUUUUCCAAAAACAAGGAUACGGGGAUACGCCAAUAUAUAAAAAAAUAAAAAUAAAUAAAAGUUUCAGGAACUAGAAUGUGAGAAAAUAGAAAUUCCAAGAACUAUAAUGCGUCAUAAACUCAUAUAUUCAUAUGUUCUAUAAUUAUUAGAAAAGGGAAGGGGCAAAGGAAAAAAGAACCAACCUUAUCUUACCUGUUUGUCUGUUCCACGAAUGGAUGUCAGUCGUCUUCUUCUCGGCUCCUCCCCCCUCUUCGGAGGCCGCGGCUCAUCCUCUCCCUCUCUAGCGGCCGCGCAGGCCGUCCAGAGGCGCGCUCCGGCGGCCGUGGCGGCCUGCCAGCGGCGAGCUCCAGCAGCGCAGCACCACCCUAAAUAGUGUUUUAAUAGAUGUGCGGGCCUCUGUCUGGACAGGCCGCGCAGCCGCUCGAGCAGUAGGAAGCACGGAUGGGUGGGCGGGCGGAGGUGACGGCAAGGGAGCGACGAGCGAUGGGGAAGGAGCAAGAGGAGGCACGAGCGGGUGCCCGGGCGGCGGUGACGGCAAGGGAGCGAUGAGCAGCGGGGAAGGAGUAGGAGGAGGCGUGGGCGGGUGGCCGAGCGGCGGUGACAACAAGGGAGCCGUGCGAGGCUGCUGCGGGCCUGCGGCUGCGCGAGUGGGGACGAGAGGGUGGCACAGCUGAACGGAGGACCUUUAUACGAAGCGAUUGAGUGGUGUUGUUAGGGUUUGAAGGUAUCGGACAGGUAUCCACAGGUAUCCCACGAGUAUCCGAUUUAUUUUUAUUAUUUGAAAAUACCUAAAUACUCCGAUAUUUAUGGGAUACGUAUCCGGGAGUAUCCGUGGAGUACGGGUAUCUGAUACGGUAUCUGAUACCGGUACGUGAGUUUUACGAAGUAUCUGCGUAUCAUAGCUGCUGCUUCAGCAGACGACGAACAAGCUUACAGUCUGUAUCAUGUCUGUAUGUACGACAGUACGACGCACAGGCACAGUAGUAAAUGAUACUCCUCCAUCUACGAAAUAGUGUAAUUCUUACUUUUCGAUAAGUGGAACAGUUUGAACUUUGACUAAAGUUAUAUAAAAAAGUAAUAAUAUUAAUGUAAGUACGAUUAUAUUAGUUAUAUAUAAAUUUACUUAGAGACAUAAGUGCUAAUACUAUUUAGGCCUUGUUUUGAUCAUGUAAAAACUUAACGAAAUUUACUGUAGCAACUUUCAGCAGAAUAUUAGGACUAAACAUGGUCUAAUUAUAAAACUAAUUGAGCAUGUGUUACUAUAGCAGUUUAGUAUCUAAUCACGACCUAAUUAUGCUCAUUAGAUUUGUCUCGCAAUUUAAAAGCAAAAUGUGCAAUUAAUUUUAUAUAUUUAAUUCUUCAUGUGUCGUAAUAUUGGUUGUGACACCUUUAGAAGUUUGCUAGGCCUUACUAUAAAUUUAAUUUAAUUUAAAUUAGUUUGGCGGGCACGGCUUCCGUAACUGCAUUUUGACUAGGGGGAUGCCCCCAUCCCCAAACCAACGCAAAGCAGGUUCCGGCGACAUGCCAUGGCAGCCAUCGCCGUCUUCCGCCACCAACGCCGCGCCUCCUCUUGGGCCGCCGCCGUUGCCGACCACGCAGGCUCCGGUCGCCACGCUGCCGCACUCACCGUCUUCCGCCGCGUCCUCCGAGCCCACCCCGCCGUUGCCACCUCCGAUCAGCUCGCCUACACCGCCCUGCUCCGUUGCCGCGACCGCCGCCUGGCCUUCCAGAUACACGCCCAGGUGUGCCGUCGUGGCCUGGCCGCCUCCAACCCCAUCCUCGCAUGCUCCCUCCUCGCCUUCUACGCUGACUGUGAGGACAGGGACAGCGCCACCAGGGUGUUUGACGAAAUGCCGCACCCGGACGCCAUGUCCUACACCGCCAUGAUCUCCGCCCACUCAGCACACCUUCUCCAAGUUGCUCGCCGCCUGCACAUCCCUGCGCCUGCGCCACCACGGCACCAUGCUCCACGCGCAGCUCCUCCGCUGGGGCUGCUGGGGUCCCCACCUCAGCCUGGUCCUCAAGACCGCGCUCCUCCACAUGUACGCCGCCUGCGGCGCCAUGACUUCCGCACGCACUGUGCUCCAUGCCACGCCCGAAACCGACGUCGUGCUCUGGACGGCCAUCAUCACCGCCUACUCGCGGGGUGGCCAGCUCCAGCCUGCUCUGCGGGCGUUCCAUGACAUGGAACGCGCCGCAGUGCCACCCAACGCCUUCACCUAUACAGCCCUCAUCGCUGCCUGCUCCGCAGCCCACUCGCUGCACAUUGGACGGCUGCUCCAUGCCCGCCUCUUCAAGUUUCGUCUGGAGCACGAGACCUCCGCCUGCAAUGCGCUCUUGGACUUGUACAGCAAGUCCUCCACACGUUUCCUUGACUUGCUGCACACUUUCUGUGCGGUCGACACACCCAACGUGGUGUCCUGGACUGCCUUCAUCGCUGGACUCAUGCGCCAUGGCAGGGACCAAGAGGCGUUUGCAGCAUUUGCUCGCAUGCGUGCUACUGGGGUGAAACCCAACUCCUUCACCCUGUCCACUCUUCUAAAAGGCUGCACCUCAGCACAGGCAUGUCAACUCGCUGCAAAAAUCCAUGCAUAUGUGCUUAAGACUAGCUUUGAGUCAUUGGACGCGGCUGUCGGGAACUCGUUGGUUGAUGUUUAUGCAAGGUAUGCAAGACUGGACGACGCUUGAGAUGUGGCAACCACAAUGUCCUUCGUUAGGGACAGAUUCACAUACACGAGCCUAGCCAAAGGGCUGAAUCAGAUAGGGCUUCACCACAGGGCACUCAAGAUGAUACUUCACAUGUUCCACGAGGAGGUUGAUAUCGAUGGUUUCAGCCUAGCUUGCUUCCUUUCCGCUGCUGCGACCUUGGCAUCCAUGGAGGCUGGGAAGCAGCUGCACUGCUGUGCAGUGAAAUUGGGAUUGAACCAUGAGGUAUCCGUCUCCAACAGCCUUAUCGACAUGUACAGCAGGUGCAAGUGUGUGGAGGAUGCUAAGAGUGCUUUCCGGUCAAUCAGGGAACCCAGUGUUGUUUCCUGGAAUUCUAUUAUCUCUGGCCUGGCAUCUAACGGUUGUCACGCUGAAGCUUUGUCGACUUCUGAAGACAUGAUUUUGGUUGGCGCUGAGCCUGAUGGGGUCACUUUCGCAGUUGUGCUUUCCGCCUGCAGUCAUGGUGGCUUAGUUGACAUUGGAAUCAAACAUUUCAACUCUAUGUUGAAUCAGUUCGGUGUUCCCCCACAAAAGAGCCACUACACAUUGUUUCUGGAUAUGCUGGGACAAGCAGGGCGCCUUACAAAGGUGGCACGUACCAUCGAGUCGGGGGCAGUUCAGCCAGGCUUUGUCAAUUUACAGGACCCAGUUGGCAUUUUGCAAGCUCCAUUAUGAUCUGGUGGUUGUCAAAUGUAUUGCAAGGAAGGCACUGGAGUUAGGUCCAUCAGAUUCAGUAAUACGGAAUAUGCUUUCAGGAAUCUAUGGUGCUCCUAGGAUACAAGAUCACGACGAGCAGACAGGUUUGCGGGAUGACGAGGGAUGCAGGUAUCCAAGCUAUGGGCUGCCAAUCAGUUUGUGAAAACUGAGCUUGGGUUCUUGUUACAUAUACCCAAGGAAACAGAAGUAUAUUUUCUGGGAAAGUUCUUCAGUAUGAGAAAAACAUCUCCGCAUUAAGUUUGUGAUGAAAACAAGGUUAAUUCAGGGUC